AUGUCUUUCCAGCGAUCGACCUCUUCAUUGAUGGAGGAGCGGACGCGGGUGAACGGCCAUUUUAGUGACACCGAAUCCUCCCUCGCCAGCGUCUCCACACGGCCGAGCCAUGCACUGCACAAGGCUCACAAAUUAGCCCAUCUUUUCUCAUACCUCGGGGCUAGCAACCCCCUCCCGGCUCCUAUCGAGGCGGACGAUGUCGUCUGGGUGAUGGACAACGUUGCGUUCCGCGGACGUGGAGGGCAAUGGGAAGCAGAGUUUGUCGCCGCAACAUUCGACCAUCAAGCCUCGCCAGCGGUGGUCGACAUCGUGGGUGACAUUGCCAGCAAAGUUGGGCUGUCAAAAGGGGCACGAGAGGAACAGACGAUCGAGGAGCGCAUUGCGCCGUUUAUCAUGGAGGUCCUGCCUGGAAGACAGGUGAAGCUCAAUUUCGGGGGUUCGACUGCCAUCAAGCUGGGGCCCGGGGGCAGAAACGGCAUCAGCAGUGAUGUCAGGAAACUCCCCAACGCUAAGGCUGGGUCUCUUGCACAGUCCACCACAGAUGUGCCCAUGGGCGUCGUUGGGUCACUAAAGAUGAAAACGCUUUACGCUGAGCCGGAAGGUUGGGCCGUAAUCUCUGAUAUUGAUGAUACGAUCAAGGUCACCCAAACGAGUGACCCCGUGGGCAUUCUGCGAACUACAUUUGUGUCCGAGCCCAUGCCAGUGUCCGGGAUGCCGAAGCUAUACGCCCGACUUCACAAACUUCUCACACCCUCUGCUCCGUUCUUUUAUCUUUCUGCUUCACCUUACAACCUGUACCCAUUCCUUCGCGAAUUCAGGGAAACAUUUUAUCCCCACGGCCAACUCAUCCUUCGUGACUCCAGCUGGAUGACUCUCUCUGGCCUUCUCUCUAGCCUCACUUUGGGGACCGAACGAUACAAAACCGACAGGAUGAAGAAAAUUCACCGCUGGCUGCCUCGGCGCAAGUUGAUCUGUGUAGGCGACUCGACGCAGAGCGACCCCGAGGCGUAUGGCGAUAUUUUUCGAUCGUUUCCGGGUUGGAUCAAGUUGAUCCUUAUUCGGAAGGUCACAGACGUUGCUGCAGUUGGUAUCAAAGAGAAGAACGAGGAUAAGCGAUUCGAGAAGGCCUUCGAAGGGGUUCCUCGGUGA